AUGGUGGCCGUUACAACAGAAUCAGCUGAAUGUAAUAGCAAUACCAACUAUACCAUUAACAAUCGGAGUCGAAAAACGAUUGUCGCCAUAAUUUAUGUCGCAUUGAUGAUCGAUUACAUGUUGACCACAGUUGUUGGUAAGUUUAGAGCUUUUUUAUUUAUGUUUAAAUUUUUGAAAAAAGAUUAACAUUUGAAAAUAUUUUCAAAAAAUUAUUUAAAAAGUCGGUAAAAGCCAAUUUAUUAGGUAAAAGUACGUAAACUACGUUUGUUUCAGUACCCAUUGUACCAGACUACCUACUGAAGCUCUGGAACAAAGAAAACGGCAACAAAACGGUAGAUUUUUCGGAGACAAGUUUCCCGGUGGGUGCUCUAUUCGGCUCAAAAUCAGUUGUACAAAUCGUCUUUAAUUUGAUCGCGGGUCCUUUAACUAAUCGGUGAGUUGAAACAUGCCUUGUAAUUAUGACUACUGACCAGGGUUGGACGUAGGGCAGGGCAGGGCAUUUCAACAGGGCAUUUUUUUGAAUUUCGUUUUCCCGCCAAACUCAUAUCUUGAAAACUGUAAUAGCUAUCAAGAAAAUAACAACGUAAAAUUGAUUAGCAGUGUUUAAAACCCAUUUCUAGAAAUUUUUGCGUUUUUAGGCCUAGCCAAAAAAAAAUUAAAAAAAAGCGCGCCAAAAAACAAUUCAAAAAUGCCCUGUUACAGGGCCCAUGCCCUGCCCUGCGUCCAACCCUGCUACUGACAGAUUUACAAACUUCGCCUUCAUUCUAAAGUUGAAAAAAGUUCUGACGAAAGAGGUUUUCUUGUUGUUUUGGCAUGCGUAAUACCGAGAUUAUCAAGUAAACAAUAAGCAUGAUAAGGUGAUCUUGACUCGUUUUAUAUUAUCUGAAAGUUUGCGAUUUUUCAAAAGUUUUGCGAAAUUUUUGAUUGUUUUGAUUCAAAUGUUCAAGAACAGUAGGUAAUCUAAUUGACAGUAAAUAAAAUGGUUAUUUUAACAAGGAAUCAAAGAGAUUAAAGAACGCUAUACAAUCAUGAAGGUUAAUAACAAAAAUUGUAAAUUAUUUGAACUAUCUACACAAAUUUAAUCACGAUUUUAUAUGCCGUAUUUUACAAUGACAAUAAUUUCAGAAUCGGAUACUCAGUCGUAAUGACAUUUGGUUUCUUCUUACUUAUCGCUUCUACUAUGACAUUUGCUUUUAGUCGGACAUAUUGGGCUUUGUUCGCUGCCAGAUCGGUUCAGGGCAUUGGGUCUGCUUUUACUACUACUGCCGGUAAAUUACUUUCUUUAUUUUAAAAAUUUAAUUAUUAAAGAUAAAAAGGUCAUUUUGGUCAAAAAGUACGUAGAAGAUAUCAUGAUUACUCUGUAGGUGUAACAAUAAUGAGUUUUUGUAUUUUAGGCCUCGGUCUGAUUGCCAAGAUGUAUACAGAAGAAUCAGAGCGAGGCAAAGCGAUUGGUACAGCCUUGGGUGGACUAGCCUUAGGCUGUAUACUGGGGCCAUUGUACGGUGGAGUUUUAUAUGAAUAUGGUGGAAUGUUGUUACCUUUCGGGCUUUUGGCUCUUUUUACUUUAAUUGAUGCUGGUAAGUUGAUUGAUUAUCGUUCGUUUUUUACUAUCUCAGGUAAUAUUAAGUCACUUUGUUAGAAUUGGGCUACUGUAGCUUUUUUCGUAUUACUGUAAUCUCUUGAUGUCUAUAUUACUGAAACCUCAAAAACAAUUUCAGGUGUCCAAGCAGUCUUAUUACGACCAAAGUUUGAACGAGAAGACGUAGAAGGAACCAAAGUGGGCACCCUACUAGUCGAUCCUUAUAUUGUCAUAGCCAGCGGAGCCAUCUUCGUGAGUAAUAUGACGAUAUCAGUGAUGGAACCAACAAUACCAUUGUGGAUGAUAGAGCGAUGGGACUCUUCCACUAUCGUACAAGGCCUCAUCUUCUUUCCACAAACUCUUGGUUACCUGAUUAAUACCCAAUUCCUGGGAGCUUUGACCUACAAGUACGGUAGAUGGAAGUGUACUGUACUUGGUAUGAUCAUAUGUGGCAUAGCUGGUAUAGCACUGCCAUUCUGUCCUAACGUGUACUACUUGAUCAUUCCGAUUGCGUUUACUGGUAUUGGGGUGGGAAUGGUCGAUUCUACCAUGUUUCCGACUCUGGGUACUGUAGUUGAUAAGAGGCAUGCUUCGGCGUACGGUAGUGUUUAUGCUAUCGGAGAUUCGGCGGUUUGUGUCGCAUUUGCUGUUGGACCGUUUCUGGCUGGGUAUCUGGUUAAGCUAAUGGGCUUUAAAGUGUAAGUUACUACUAUUUAUAUUACUAUAUGCAGGUACUGCUCUACAACUUGAUAUAGUAUCAUGCUUUCACAAAAUUACUUAAAAAUAUUUUACACUGACUAAAGUAAUGCCGAAUAAGAUAUAGAUUGUAACACACUACCAUUUCAGUACAAUGUUUUGUGUAGCCGGCCUCAAUUUUAUCUACGCACCAGUAGUGAUAUUCUUAAAAGAAUUGUCGAAGAUGGAACGUACUCAUUUGAGUACGAACAACCAAAGCUCAGCUAGCUCUACUACAAUAUGCAAAGACGACCAGUUGAGUGUAAUAUCAUUCACUUCUGUCAAUAACUCUCAAACUACACAAAGAUCUUCUUAA